CAAAAAUAAGGCAUCUGACAUUUUUUAAAUUGUAAAUGGAAUAAAUUUUAAAUUUGAAGCAAAAAAUUGAAGAAAAAACAUAAAAAAAAGAAAAAUAAUGGCCAAUGUUAUACCGGAAUGGUCGAAAUCGUAUCUCAAGCGUCCACGCAAUAAUAUCAAAUCGCAUGUUUUUAUCGAUGAAAAAAUCAAAUUUAAACCGUCGUUUGAAAAUGAUGAUUGUCCUCCAUCGAUGAGCUGGCUACUGGGCUGGGAAUAUGCUCGCCAGUGGACCAAGGAACGCGAUGAAUUCUAUAAAGCCCGUGAAGAUCGCAACAAACCGAAGCACAUUAAAAACGAUUACAAGAAGUGGUUGGAGAAACGCAAACCCAAGGAUAAUUUCUAUUGCAAGGCUCAGGGUGUGAAUAAAUUGCUGUAGAGAUUUUGGAGUUCAGAAGGCAAAAAUUAACACUGCAGUGACAUAAAAAAUUUAUAUUUUUAAUAAUAAAAUUGACGAGUUAAAUAAAGGAUAGUCAAAGAGGCUUAGAAAGGACAA